AUCUUGUCCUAUUUCUCAGAUAUUCCGAGAUCGAUAGCUCAUAACCCCACUAUGUGCUUGAAUAGACUUCCUUCUUAAAGUACCCUACGCUUUGCCAGGACUGAGGCAUAUGGACUUAUCUGUUUGUGUUUCUCAUGUACCAUUGAUGUUCACUCCCAAGAAUUCUUUAUGCCCACUUGAAUCAAUGCUUCAGACUGUCUGUUUCAUAUGGGGUCUCAUAUCAACUUUUGGUGAAAUGCUGCAAUUUGCAUAAAUGCCGGUCUAUGGUUCAUCACUCCUUGCCCUUAUGCAGAGAGAAUUUUUUACUCUUCAUGAUCAUCUAUUAUUUCUAAUGCACAAGAACAACAUGGUACACAUCUUUCUUCGUAUUAUUCUGGUCCUUCAUAAUGCGCCAAGAUGGAUAGAACUGGACGACAUAUCAUUGCAUCACAAAUAUGGGUCCGCUGGAAGGUCGAUACCAUAGACAGGUGGAUGUGGAAUAUGUAUUUCUGUUCUUAUGAGCCUCAGCAGCAUUACAUACUGAAUAAUGGUGGUAGGGAAUUGUGCAGUGAAAGACCCUCAUGAACCAUCACCUGGACAAGUUUUUUGCCUGUUGCCAGCUGCUACUGGCCUAUGACGUCGCAGCCCAUUGUCAGUGGCUAGUGUGCUAUGGACAACUCGCAAUAUCACUAGGCACCAAGAACAAAUUACAAACAUGUGCAACUUACUGUUGAAUGAUAAACUUGGUGCUGCACUGCUCAAGAAUCUUGAGGACAAGAACAGAUUGAAAAACAAAUUGCAGCAAGAUAAGAAUUUCAUCUCUUUGGAAAGCUGGAAUAAUAACCAUGUUUGUAUAGAUGGCAAGUAUCUAAUAAAGUAAUGGCUUUCAAUUUAAGCCUGACUCUUGACACUUGCUUAAUCUGGAACAGUUCUCGACGACCAGUCUAAUCCUGUCUAUAUGUGAGGGAGUGCACCUACUCUUCCAUGCUAUGAUCCAGAGUCCUGCAAUGGCUACUUUGUUAUAGUUUACCCAAUAUUACGCUGCAAUUUGACCUGAUCCAUUCUGUUAGUGGGGCCCAACUUGCACAUGCAAUGGGCAACAUUUUGGUGGUUGGAAUUUUUCUGGAGCAUUCCUUACCUUUUGUGAUUAGAGACUGAUCUUUGCUGAUUCUGAACAGAAUGUAGCAUGAGACUGUCGAAGUGUGCUUAUCUACCUUGGUGAAAGAAUUUACUUUGUGAGUCAGGCCAAGCCAGUUGCAACCAAAAGUCCAUUCUUCUGUCUCCUGGACCAUUCAAUCAUGAGACUAGUGUCUUUUUAUAAAACCAUGCCAUGCAUUAGAGGAUCUGAGCUACUGUCUGGCUAUCUCAUCUGGUUUCAGUUUGCUUCUAGAGAGAUGGCUCUAAAGGUGUUCAACUGGCUGAAUCGGAAGAAGCAUUCUAAUGUUUCGUACUGCACCAUCGAUGAGAAUAGGGCCAUGGAAGAGAAGGAAGACUCUGUGCGUGCAAGCGUGACUGAUCAAGACACUGAAGCCCUGCUGCUCCGUGAUGUGCUUAUUAACGGUAUACUUGCAAUUGGCACGCUGGGCCACAAUGUAAACUCACUCUGUCCUGAGUCCUGUAUUGAGCAAGAUGAGCCCAUCAUCAUGAGUGAUGAGAAAGUGGAGGAAGAGGAGUGCAAAGAAGAAAAGAUUGAGGCUAAAGAGGACAUGCCAGUUAUAGCACCAAGUGAACCUGUGUCCACUCUUGAGCCUGCCAAGAUGCAUUCAUCAUCGAUGAAAGAAGACAACUUCACAUGUUUUGUGAAGGAAGAAAUCCCAAUGCACGGCAUGGAAAUGGAGGAUGUUGCUAACAUCCAGGAACAACCACUUCUGAUGUUAGAGAAGGUGGAGAAAGUGAGAACUACACUCGCUGAUCUAUUUGCUGCAGAAGCAUUCUCAUCAAGUGAUACAGAGAAGUGUUGUCAAAAUAUCAUCACUGUUGCUGGGGCAUCCACUUCAAAGCCUACAUCGUGCAUGGAAAAGAUGCAUCACAAGAAGCCAACAAAGCCAACAUCAAAGCCACUGAAAGCUACAAGAAAAUUGAGUCGAGUGAUGAAGAAGAUGUUGGGGAAGAAGAUCCACCCAGAGCAGCUCAAUGGACGUAGCAAUGCAGAGGGCACUGUGACUGCAUGAUGCUAGGGUUUGUUGGAUAUCAUCAUGCUUCGGAUUCCUUGCUCGAGAGAAGCAUCCAUGCACAUCGUCGAUCGACAGCGUUCGUUCAGUCCUCCUUUUCUUCUCGUUGUUGCUAUUUGUUGCAGUUGUUUGCUCGCCAGUGAUGAAGAAAUAGCCUGCCAUAUAUAUAUAUAUAUAUAUAUAUAUAUAUAUAUACAGUGUAAAGCUACAGUUGAUGUGUCUUGUAAGACGUUACCACUAUUAUUGUCCAUACCGUGAUGUCUCAUCACCAUUGUUCCUGUCGAGAUUACUAAUUAAGCCUU